AUGCGAGAUCCGGCAAAGAACGCGCCCAAAGUCAUUCUCGUCCCUAUCUUGAUCGGCUUGCUUACUGCCUGGCCGUUCGCCUGUGCCUGUAUGAAUGCCAUCACGGACGUCAAUGCGGUGCUGAACACGCCCUCGGGCGACCCUCUCAUUGAGAUCUACUACCAGAGCACAGGGUCUAAAGGUGCUUCGUCCGUCCUUCUCGCCCUAUUUGCCUUCUGCUUUUUUGGUUGCUCUGUGGCAAAUAGCUCCACCAAUGCAUUCUCCGCAAUGGUCGGAGCUGCCGUGAUCUUUCUGCAGACCUCGUGCGCCCUCCCUCAGCUCAUCGUCCUCUGGCGCGGCCGAGAUGCCACCCUCCCCGUGCGUCCCUUUUCUUUGGGCAGAUUCGGCGUGGCGUUUAAUUUUCUCGCCGUCGCGUGGGUCGCGUUUCUUGAUGUUCUCUGCUUUCCUCCUACUGAGAUGCCGGCCACGAAGGAGAACAUGAACUAUAUCUCUGUGGUUUCGGUGGGGUUGACGAGCAUCGUGGCUGUGCUGUACUGGGCUUCGAAAAGAGGGAAGUAUUUGGGGCCGAGAAUGCCCCGGGAGGUCUUCCAGGUUAGCGAGGGGCAGGGGGUUCAGGAUGAAUUGGAACUCGAUGAGGGUCGCACGGUUGAUGAUGGGAAGAAAGAGUGA